UUUAGCGAGAGGAGGGCAACAUGUCAGAACGAUGCCAUCCUCCUGGCCGUGCCUGUUAAAUACACUCCUUCAAAGGAAACUCACUAGAGAAGAAGGAAUUGUUAUUAAUGCUUUAGUAAGCAGGCAGCACAGUGGUGUCUCUGCUAUAAUCUCUGCUAUUAACUUCUCCUGGUGUACUGUCAUGGAACCUGGAGUAUGUGUUCUGGAGCUUCUUGGUGUGUUUUUCGCUCUGAGCGCCUGGCUCUUCUCACUGACUACCACUCUGAUGUCCCAGUGGCUCACACUGUCCACUGAUCUCCUUCCUACUGAGAGCUACGAGCUGGGUUUGUGGGAGACGUGUGUAAUACAGGAGCUGGGUGUCCUGGAGUGCCGGCCGUACAACAGUCUUCUUGGACUCCCUCCUGAUAUCCGCUUGGCUCGCAUCCUUAUGUGUGCCACAUUGGCUGCCGGUUUCAUAGGAAUAUCUUUUACAAUCCCAGGCAUUUAUUUGGUCAACAGCUGCAAAGGUACUGAGACCCUCAGAGAAAAGAGGACACUGAAGAUGAUGGGGGGAGUGUUGUGCUUUGUUGCAGGGGUUAUGGGUCUGGUUCCUGUGUCCUAUAUAGCCCAUCUGACAGUUCUGAGAUUCUUUGAUGAGUCUGUUCCCGAAGUGGUUCCACGUUGGGAGUUUGGUCAAGCUCUGUUCUGGGGCUGGAUUGCAGCAUUUCUGCACAUUGUCGCUGGAUCUCUGCUCAUUACCUCCUGCAUCUGGCUGCAAGAUGUGCCAUGCCCGUUGCCAGAGUCUGUACCAUUACAAGGAGGACAUGCCAAGCCUGAACUUUCUCCAGGAAGGAGGACUGAAUAUGUGUAAUAUAUGCUAGGGGAUGAUUUUUUUCAAAAUAAAAUAUCUGCUUCCAAUAAUCACAUUCCACUUCACCAUAGAAGUAGUACUCUGAUGAGUUGGAACAACUGUACUGGACAUAAUCUGCAAAAUUACAGGAUGCUGCUCUUUCACCAUUUUUUUUAAGGUAACUUAUUUUAUAUAUUAGAAUUUAUUUUAUGCACCAGACAGAACACUGUUACAAAUCAUUUCAAGCAAUAUAAAGUGUAUAAACAUAGUAUUUAUGGGAUUUUAGUAGCUGUUCAUGCUUGGACAUUUUAAGUUAUUCCAUUGUUAUAUGUGUAGGGCUGAAUAUUAUUGGCUAGCCCAGAACACAAGUAAAUGCUCUAAUGUGCUGCCUAGACCCAUGGUUUAGUGUUUCAGAAAUGGUUAGAAAGAAUGCUGUAUACUAACAUAGCUAGUUUGCUAGCUAAGUGGAUGAAUACAGACUAAGUGAAGCAAAUGUAGAGCAUUGUGUCUGCACCAUCAACACAAAAUCAUUUGCCAGUGUUUUUACUAUGCCAUUAGCUGUUUGUAUGAUCUUGCACAGCAUGGUAUUUAGGUCUGGCUGGCAUCUUUAUUUUUUGUCUGCAUGUUUAGUCAAAAGAUAACUACAGUAUGCUGCUGUGCGUGCAGAAGAGUUCAACGAGUGCUUUGCAUCUAACCUUAUUUUGUAAGCCCCUGUCAAUGAUUCUGUCAGCUGUGACUGUUAAUGUACAGUACAGUAAUGUUAAUGUACAUUACAUGUACAGUAUAGUCUACUUCUGUUUGAAUAUUUGUGCUUUAGCAUUAAUUCCCAAACAUGUAAUCAAUUAUUAUGAGGAACAAACAUGAGAAGGUUUUUCAUUGCUACUGUAAUAUGUGCAAUGUGUAAAGAAACAGACAAUGUAAUAUACAGCAUGUGAUCCAAAGACUUUUGGAUGCGAUGACAUUUCAAAGUUUGCUUGACUUGUUGUUUAUUAUAAAAGAUCAAUGAUAAAGCCUUAUAAUGAAAUGUGCGGAAUAAAAGACCAAACAAUGCCAAAACAUUAUAGCAUCUUUACAAGAACAAAUUGAGCAAUUUAUCAUUUACUGUAAGGACCAUUAUUAAUGUUUUAGGUCCAUAUUUCAAAUAAAGGGAUGGAAGAUAAAGUAUUUAAUUUUUACUAGUUACUUUUAGGUAUUUUAUAACUGCAUCCAUCACAUUGUUCCAGCUUGUUUGAUUUUUUUCUUAUGUAUGCAAAUGUCUAUAUCUUAUCAAACAAAAUGUAUAGAGAGUGUGUGGUUAUAUCAUUUUAUUAUGUCUACAGUUUCAUUUAUAAUUUUGUUGAUUUUUCUUUGGUUAGAAUAAAAGUAAAGCAGUUCUUGGUUCUGUUACAGAUGAUUGGGUGAUGUAUAUGGUGCUAACUAGGUUAA